AUGCGAUCUGGCAUGCGUCCCCCAACCUCCCGCGCUCAUUUUUUGCGCUUGGCCGUGCUCGACCUCGCGUGCGCGUGCCCGCAAUCGGCGGCUUUGUCUUGCCUCCCACCAUCACCCCCACGUCUGUAUUCACCCACCGCCACCGCUCACCUCGCUCCCCUGGCAUCCCCAUACCACCUCACUCUUCGCUCUUGCGCCCUCCCCGAAGAGUUGCCCCCAAUCGCCCGCGAGUACGCGUCUCCGCCCGCGCUCGUGCCGCCUGCCCCCAAAUUCGACGCGCACCGACGGGAACGACGCUCGCGGGAGUGCAGCCUACCUCGCCGCGCCCUUCAUUUCCUUACAAACCCUACCGCCACUCGACGCGCGCAAGAGAAGACGCUGGGCUCACCAACCAACCCCCUCCUCCUUUUCUCACCUGAUCACCGACCACAACAAGCACGCAUAAACGGAAGGCUUCGCAUGCCACGCGCAGCGCGCACCUCCCCAUCUACCAGCUCCCCCUUCCCCCCCUCCUCUGGCGCUCGCGCGCAGCCCCGCGAGUGUGCGCGACGACGGCCUAUUGCCGUUGUCUGGGCUCCCUAUCGUGCCCUCCCACCCCCAUGGCUACCUUUGAGGACGCGUCCGCGCCAGCAGCGCAUCAACGGCGGGCGGCGCGCGGGAGCCCCGACGGCGGCGGCAUCACGCGCGACGGCCGACGCGUGCGGCGCGAUCAUCCGCGGCGGCGAGCCCGGAGGUUGCCUGCUGCAUUGGGCGCAGCCCGGCGACGUCCCGGGCAGCUUCCGGGAGGCCGUGGCUGUGCAGGCAGGACAUACGCACAGAUUUUCAAAAGAUUGGCGGACAUAUGUUGGGUACUUUUUAAAAAGUACUACUUCCACAGGUGCGAGCGACCUUGUAGGCAACAAGUGGGAAGCAUCGUCGGACGAACCGCCACCAUCGACUGUCCCGACCAGGCAGGACUGGGCCACAGCGAACACGAGCGCGUGGGAGGAGGACGAGGUCGACCCGUACCUGGACCCGAGGUUUGGAGCCCCAGAGGACAAAGCCCCACCCUCAGCAACGACGACUUUGUCAACGGCAGCUUCAUCAGCAGCGGCCCGCAGGACAGCGGAAGGAUCAACCCGAGCCCCAGCCGUGAGCAGCGGCCAGUCGUCCACGACCACGCCAUCGACGCCUCCCACGGUGAACCCGCAAGCAAACUCAGCGGGCCGGUCAGGCCGCCCCUCUCGUGACCACCCUGCUCAGUCGAGAACGAGUCAGCUUUCGACGUCCUCGAGCCAUCUACAACGGGAAUGCGAAACAGCUGCGGAGGACCACCAACCGCCCGCGUGGGAAUCGCAGAGCGCAGUGGCGAAUGCGAGGGAUCGGGUCACGGACUCAAGGGGUGAAAGUGCACGCGAGGGAGAAGGUCAAGCGGCUAUACACGCCGACUCUCCAGUGGCUGCGUUGUCGAGGCCAUCCAUUGAACUCGCGAACCGGCGUGCCGCUCCAGGUACCAACCUGCGAGAGUCGAGAACGGGAAGCAACGAGUCGCAGGCCGGGCCAAGCUCAGUGGCGUCGAGCUCAGCCUUUGUCAGGAUUCGACUGACGCUGUUGGCGCCCGCAGUGGACGUUGGAAGGCUAGCCGACCUCGCCACGGUCAUGAAUAGGGCGGGCAUUACUCGUGAUGCGCUCGUCCGCACUUCGCCAAAUGGACGUGAGUUCGUCGCGCGUUUUGCCAACGCAGAGCAGUCAGCCCGCGCAGUAGCCCACCUCCCAACCCUGUCUACCGAGGAAGCCGAGAUGGAUGCUACGGUGAUGCCAGCGACGGAAGCGGAGACGCUCAUUGCCAGCGCAACAAUCAUUGGGGAGACAGGGCCCGCUGACCCCGACGCAAUGGAGGUCGACGCUGGUUCACAAUUGCCCGUCUUCCCAGAGCUCGCUCAUCCAUUCACCGCUGUGCCACCUUCCUCGGGAGGCGCGCCGAUGGGAGGCUUCGCCCCGACGCCUUUCUUUGGCUCGUCCACGUUCCCCCCCCGCUGUGUCACUGCAAUGGCCGACGAUGCCUUGGGGUUUGCCGCCCCCACCUAA